UUCAUUCAUGUUUUACGCGAGAUCGAGAAUCAAUCUGUGCGUGAUUAUCAGUGAAUUGAUGAAACGUUGCGCUGGAAGAAUAGUACUGCAUAAAAUAAUAUAAUUUUGUUUUAGGAAGUUCCGUUCUAAAUAUAUCACAUAAGAUGAGUGAAUGAGUUUAUUCAUGAAAUUUCAGGCUGGAAAGUGAAAUGAAUCAAUGAAUUACAUGUGCGUACGUGGUCAAAUGAUCAUGGAGCCUGAAGAGAGACAUUCCUGCGGCUGCGAUCAUGGAAAACUGUUUGAUGCAGAUUGUGAUCGAGGAAUAAAUAAACAAAUAAUUAUACCGCCAUUUUGUGGAAAUCUAAAAUCAAUAUUUUCCAGAAAUUGUGCGUGUGGCGUUUCUAGAAAUCAUGGUGGUAUGCAUUGCGAUGCCGAUUGCUCCUGUGCGAUACCAGAAUUUAGAAGCUCUCCCGAGAGAGAUGAUAAUUGUGUGGAAUUAGAAAAAACUUCCCGUGUAAUGAGAAACUUGUACCUGAACGAUGAUGUCAGAUGGAAAAGGAACUCGCAGCAUGAAACGUGUUCUAACAAGAGAUCCGUUAAUGUCGGUAAUACUAUUGGUGAUAAGUUAGAGGAACGAUUGCGUUCUCCUCAAGUCACAUGCAGUGAACAUUCGGUGCAUUAUAGUCAUUUAAGUAACCCAUCAACCAAUACCAAUGUAAAUCCGAUGUUCGGAGGACGUUCAAAUUCUAUUUCUUCCUCAAUGCCGUCACUAGCGACGAAAAGUUCCUGUUUUAUUAAAGAAAAACCCACGGAAAAUUUAUCUCAAUUAAAUUUACUGACAAGUUCCGGCAGUUGCUGGAACGCGAGUAUACGAGCAAGACUAUUUUCAAUUCUUGGCCUCUUCUCUGGGCAUCCAUAUAAGAAAAAAGAUCGCCAGUCGCACAAUUCGUCGAAUUUUUCACCCCAGAAGCUGCAGGUCCGGAAAUGGCAAUUAAUUUUCGCUAUGUUUACUCUGCUGAACUGUUUCUCAGGCGCUGCAUCGCAAUGCGACGUCUACGCCAGCGGCCUGGACCGAGUGGGCCGUGAAGUAGGUGCGGAGUACGUUCGCUGCACGGCUGGACGUCUCGUGUGGAAGUAUCCAAGGAACGGGCUACGGCUGCUGCUGCAGUCUCCUGAACCUGGCCGGGAGUUUCGAGGCUGUAUCAAAGCUGACGCAAACUUCGACGGCGCGCGAGUGAUGGUGGAGGGACAGCGCUCCCUGGUGCCUCUGCUCGACCCCCGCGACCAUCUCUCGCUACAGCAGCAGCGCUGCUUCUCGAGCUACGACGGACAAGUAGCGCUGUACUUGGAGGCAGCGCCACUGCCUACCGACCAGUUCCUGAACGCUCACACCGCAGCCUUCCAAUACGACCUGGAGCUGCUGCCUAGAGGAACCUACUACCAACCCGAUCAAGAAUGUCGGCCGUGUAGUGACGACGAACUCCUAGAAGCAGCGUGCACAGCCGAUAUUGUUUCUGUCGGCCGUCUUAUGUCGGUGGAAAUGGAUCCUGAGGAGGCGUUUGCGUUCGACGGAUCACACAACGCCAUCGAGAACGUCACACCUCCUUCCGCCAACGCUAACUUCCUCACGCCGAGCCCCCUAGCUCCCCUAAGAGGUCCUGAGCCGCUUCCCACUUGGAGUCACUCCGUGCUCAAAUUUGCAGCCUCCAAAAUUAUCCGCGAAUUAGCGGGUGACGAAAACGUUGAAGUGUUCAGGAAAGUGAGGGGAGGUGGCGUAGUGGCGUCGAUUAAAGUGCCGACCCACUGCGGUGUGAAGACUGGGCCUGGGAAUUAUCUUCUUAUGGCUAGAAUGAAACUUGGUGCGCCUAAAUUAAAAUGCAUCCCAAAGUUGAAUGACUUCAAAUCGUUGAUUGAAAGCAGAGGAUCUGAACUGCAUUGCUUAGUAAACUUUUGAGGAUAAACUUUUAGGUCGAUGUAGUCGGAGUUUAAAUUGCGCAAUGUUCUCCAACCACUCAUUUUCUAUGACAAUGCUGUCAAUCUCAAUUUUGCAAUUAAUUUAGGGAAAAUUACAUUCCUUUCAAGUGCAAUCUAAGAAGUUCGUAAGAAAAAACACUUGAGUGACUGUCCGGUCCGUGAGUAGUCCACUAGCUUUUAAUGCCCGUGAAUCGUAGCUGCAAUUUUCACAGGACUGAUGUGAUGUGCUGAAAAGGCAGCCUUUGUAUACUGGUACACCCUUUAAAUUUCUUCAUAAUCAUUGAAUGAUAUUAGAAAAUGUAUUUCAUGACUUGCUUAAAUUACUCAAUGUAUUGACUCAUUGAUAUUACUUAAUUCGCGUGUAUAGCUCAAGUUGAGCUCUCACUCAAGAACUGCUGCCAAUUAAGAGUUGCCGUAUCAGCUCUGUGCUGAAGUUGUUGCUUCAUCACAGAUAUCGAAAAUUGCCAUCUAAGAAAGCUGCUGUAUAAAAUCGCAUAGAAAAAUUCUCGAAAAUGGCCUGAACUUGUGUUUUUUUUUUGGCCUAAUAAUAUCAGUUUAAUUUGGGACGUAAUUUGUAUAAUUAUAUGUUAUUCCUGUCUGUUGUGUGAUGCAGGUAAUACGGCCAGUAGCUCGUUUAUAUAUUGGAGGAUAACUGAAUAAAUUUCUACCGGUUCCAACAGUUGCUUUAUGUCGUCAUCAUCUUAUGUGACAAGCUUUUGAUGUAGACCGGUGUUCCUAACUCAAUUUUUCCAAGUUAUGGUUAAUUAAUUGUGCCAAUUCCUUUGAAAAACCAAAUUAAAUUUUUAUUUUGCUUAUGCUCACCGUACAUCAUAAACAAAAUCGAGUCACCUUUCUACGUGAUCAUUUAAAUAUCUAUAAAUACUUGCACCAUAACUUAAGAUAGUAACAGAGAUGGUCUUCAGCUGUACAUACUGCAUUAUAGCCGCUUCGUAGUAUCCUUGCUGUUGUCUGUCCUAGGAUAAACUUUCUCAGUAGUUACCUUACUUUCCUGCUGUCUGUGUGACGUGUCACCAGCAGCCGUGCGUUCGUAGUGCCAUAGUACCGAUAUAGUGACUGCUUCCACCGAGCCUCUGAGGACACCAGGCCUUUUACAAGUGCGGCCACAAUCGUUCAUAUUAAUCAAUAUGAGCGAUCAAUAUUAAUCAAUAUCAUCACUAUCUCUCGUACUCGUAUUAUUCAAUACACUUUGAGAAAUAAAAAAAUUCUGUUUUGCUUAAAUUUCUGUGCCAUCGGCUUUCUUUUGUCGUGCAUCGAAAGUUAUUAAAUUGAUGGACGUUUCUAGGCACAUCAAAUGUUCAGUAGACAAAUCAGAAUUUUAUGUACUUUUGUAAUUGAAAAACCAACGUCCGAUGAGGCUGGAGUAUUUACUUUAUUAAAUGUGAAUAAUGUUUGUAAAGAGAUUAAUGUAGAGCUCAAGAAUGUAUAUUUAUAUUUUCGCUAGUUAGCACGAUCGGCAAAACCUUUGCAUCUCGUAUUAUAAUAUUUUAGGAUAUAAUUAGUUAGACGGUACCGACUUAAAAUGCGCCAAUGCCAAUUAUAAUAAUAUUUUUCAUCGCAAUUUAGUAAUAAUUAACUAUGGAACCGUACAUAAAAAGGAAUACUAGAUUUUGGCACCACCUUGGCUAUGCUGUGUUUUGUGUGUUCGAUCGUUGUGGCCGGCAGGCAUUGCAUGUAAAUAUAAGCUUGCAGAAUUAAUGGAUCUCUAUUGGCUGAAGUGACAUGGACGAUUUGCAUCCUGUGAUGUGAGUGAUCUCCCGUCCUGCUCACCGCGCCGAUAUUCUGCUCAGCCUUAACCGCCGUAUUAAUGAACUACUCUUUAACUCCCGAUCAUUUACACAGAAUACAAACGAAACUGAA